CCCGAGAUCAACACCAAGAACGGCACGGCUGAAGUGCCGGGUGAUGUAAUUGUCAACGCCCUAAAUCCGGGAAUUGUCCAAUGACACUCGGAUCUUUGCGACAGUUGAGUUUAUUCCGCUUGCCAUGAUGCGCUGAACUUUCCUUAUCGGAGAACGGAGUUAGCCAAUCGCCAAUGGAGGGAAAUGCACCUUGAGCUAGAUAUGAUGCAUCGCUAGUGUAGACGCUCUUUGAGGUAUGGGCGUUGAGGGCGUUAUAUAUAAGUUGUUGCUUUCUCCUCGUUGAGACUCUCAUAUCAUCACAAUCUCAUCGAUCAAUUGAUAAGUCUCAAUUAAAAGUCAAUUAAACAUCAAUCAUGUCUUCUCUUCCCCAGACUUACAAGGCUUGUGUCCUCGACAAAGCCAACGCAUCAUGGACUCUCAGCGAUGUCCCCCUCAAACACCCCUCCAAAGGCCAAAUCCUCGCCAAGGUCCUCGCCUGCGGCGUCUGCUUCUCCGACGUAGCUCUCGGCACCGGUCACAUGGGCGAUGUCUUCCCCCGUGUGCCCGGCCAUGAGAUCAUUGGCGACGUAGUCGAAGUCGGCGAAGGCGUUGAGAACUUUAAGAACGGCGACCGUGUCGGUGGACCUUGGCACGGUGGUCAUGAUCGAACUUGUCGACAGUGUCAGCGCGCUCAGUUCCAGAUGUGCGAUAACAAGGCUAUUAAUGGUGUGAGCCGUGAUGGUGGGUUUGCGGAGUAUGUGCUUUUGAGAGCGGAGGCUGUUGUUCGUGUUCCAAAGGAGAUGGAUGCUGCUGAGGCUGCUCCUCUCCUUUGCGCUGGUGUUACUGUAUUCAAUGGUAUCCGCAAGUUGCAUGUUGAGCAGGGAAAUCUCGUUGCGAUUCAAGGUCUUGGUGGUCUUGGCCAUUUGGCUGUUCAAUACGCCAACAAGAUGGGCUAUGAAGUCGCUGUUCUUUCGUCAGGCGACGAUAAGGCCGACUUUGCCAAACAACUCGGCGCUCAUCACUAUAUCAACACCAAGAAGAGCGACCCAGCUGAAGAACUUACCAAGCUCGGCGGUGCAGCCAUAAUUGUCCAAACAGCACCUAACCCCAAGGCUGUGGCACCACUCGUCAAUGGUCUCGCUGCCGAGGGCAAGCUACUUAGUCUUGCGCCUGUUGGCCCAGCAGAGAUUGAUACAAUGUCACUGGUAUUGAAGGGUGCAAGUGUUGUAGGCUGGCCUAGUGGUCAUGCUCUCGAUAGCGAGGAGGCUCUUCGCUUCUCCAUGAUUCAUGGGGUGAAGUGCAUGAUUGAGAAGUAUCCUUUAGAUAAGGUGCAGGAUGCAGUUGAGAGUCUCCAGGCUGGAAAGCCUCGGUUCAGGAACGUCUUGGUUAUGCAGUAAAGUUUUGGAAGUGUUUGGGUUGGUUGUAUAGUUGUAAAAUGUGCAAUGGUGUUGGCGGUUGUAGGACAGGCUAGGCGACGGUGAAGUUAUAUACUCUUGACAUGAAUGGAACACAAUAUUAAAUGAA